AUGCCCUUCUACCAAAUCUACUACUCGUGUCCCCUGACACAGGAUCAGCGCCAGGCCUUGGCGCAAUCAAUUACUGACUUACAUUGCGCGGCCUUCACCACCCCUUCGUUCUUCGUCCACGUCAAAUUUCUGCCGCAAGAUGCCGGCGACGGCACAUCCUUUCUGGCCGGAAAGCCCACCACGCUGACCUCGAACCGCAUCAUCGGCAUUCUGCGCAUCUCCCCUGCUCGCAAGAAGGCCGACUUCGACGCCCUGUCGGCCAAGAUUGAAGAUGCAUGGUACGAGGUAGUAAAUGGGGGCACAGAGUCUGUCGAACAGCGCCGCGCCCGGCAUGAAAUGAACCCAAAGAGACUUUUGAUGGUUACCUUGACACCAAUGAUGUGCAUUCGUGAGGGUGGUAUGGUGCUGCCUGAAGCUGGCCAGGAAAUGGGUUGGCUCAAGGACCAAUUACCGUACAUCAAAGAAAUGAGCCAGAGGGGCCAAGAAGAUUUUACGGAGAUCCUUCAAGAGAUUGAGGAGCGUCCAGACCUGCAACGACUCGUUGCAUGA